CGCUCACUUACGAAAGUACAAAUGGAAGUUGCUCUUGUGGUGGAUCAUUAUUUCGUGUCGAUCCUUCUACCUAACUGUAUCAUUUCACUUUCACAGCAUGAGAUACUUCGUCGCCAUUUGUUGUGUGUUGGCGUCGGUCGCGGCCAAGGACAAGAAAAUCAGUCUCGAUGACAUAGAAAGAGACAAUUUACGAGGCAAUAAAUCCCCCCGAACAGUACCAGUUCAAAAACUAUCCACCACUUACGGAUUCUUACCGGCCAAAACUGCGACCGACUAUGCAAGACAACAACCGAAGUAUGUCCAGUACGUACCACCCCCAGCACCGCAACAACAGUACACGCCGCCCCCUCAACAAUACUCCGUACCCCAACAGUACUACUACCAACCCACCAACCAACCCACCCUCUACGACCAAUACGCCAAUUUGCAAUACGUGUCAGAUAACAGCGUAGCGCAGCAGCAGUACUACACCCCUCAGUACGUCUACUUGCAGCAGUACUCAGCCCCCAGUACUGCCGUUCAGAGCGUCGUUGACCCCAAAGGGGGAAUUCAAUACGUAAUGUACGUACCCCAGUACGCACCCAAAGCUGAGCAAACCCAGAACUACGAAAGUGUGAUUUAUGCCAACGACCAGCAAAGCUUCGUCCUACCGGAAACUCAAUACGUUGCGAGCCAGCAACCUGAAGUGACUCCUUCGAUUAAGUACGUACCGGAGAAGACUCCGGUGUACAAGCAAGAAGUACCGAUUUUCAAGCAGGAACCGAAGAGUUUGUUGGAUUCGUACGUGCCGUCGAUUUUGCAAGUGCAGUACUACAAGCAGCAGCAAGCUCAAGCUCAAGCUAAUGCUAUUCAGCAGAGUUUGAAAGAGGUUUCUAGUACUGUUUCUGGAAAGAGCGACUAUGUGAAGAGUAGUUACAGGCCGACGCAAACGCAGCACAACAGCGCUGAAAGUAUCACUAAUUACAGCUACCAGAUUCCAAGUACUCAGCAGAAGUACAACUGAGUUUGAGUUUGUUUUUAUGUUGUAUUUAAAAGUGAUUCUAGUUUUAGGAGUGCUUUUCUACUAUUUAUGUUUCGAUUCUUUCUUCUUUUGACUUCGUUUUCUCCUCGUAGGAGCUAGUAGUUUUACUUGGCCAGUUUCUCUUCUUUGUAUUUAUUUUCAUUUCUGCUUUCUUGCGUAUUUUCAUGUUAUGUAUUUUUGUACAAUGUAUUAUUAGAUGUAUUUUUGUAUAAAACAAAUAAAAGUGUUUACGAGA